CUUGUUGAUGACAGGUGUGUGGUGCAACCCGAUGCAGGAGACCUGGCCAAUCCGCCCAAAAAGUUCAGAGGUGAGUGGGAGGAGUCGAUGACCAGCUUCCCAAUCACAAAGGCCCAAUUCCUAACUAAAUAAGAGUUGUUUGAAUUAAUUUACUCACUGCUUCUCUGAACGAUGGCUGUGAGGGGCAGUCUCUAGUAAUGCAGUGUGCCAAGGUUACUGCAGACACACACACACACACACACACACUGAGCAGGCCAUUAAGGCCCCCAUGUUGUUUUAACAGUUUGGUUUUCACAGGAGGUUGUGUUUAACUGACUUUAUAGACUCUCAGUGAAUUAACAGCCAUUAACCACAAACAUGCUAUUUACCCCUAACCAGUCACCUAGACUCAAUUGACAGUUAGUGUCACUUUGCCGUUGAAAUGAGUAUGUAUUAGUAAGCCUUUUGUGAAUUAACACUUGGACUUGACUUUUCCUUCCCCCCUUACUAGUUCUGACUUUGCUGAUAGCUACUUUAUUGAGGAAAAUGUACUUACUAUGACUGAGAUAUAUGGUCGCCCCACCUAGCUAUCGUAAGAUUAAUGCACUAACUGUAAGUCGAUCUGGAUAAAUGACUAAAAUUUAGAAAAAUUUUCUGGAAGAAAAAGUGUUUGAUUCAUGUUUGUAUUCCUCUCUCUAACACACCUCCCUUCCGGUUUCUGUUUCAUUAUAUCUUUCUACAUCGUUUUCUCCCCAUUUCUUUCUUCCUCUCCAUAUCUCUCUUUGUCUCUCUCUCCAGACUGCCUGUUCAAGGUGUGUCCGAUGAACAGGUACUCGGCUCAGAAGCAGUUCUGGAAGGCCAAACAGGGCAAACAAGGCAACAACGACACACAAGAAGACCUAUUCAAGAAGUUACAGGUAUGACCUGUCUCCAAGACCUAGUGUUCUUCAUUCACAGUCCUGGGCAAGGCAACCACAGGAUGUGGAGGAUUUUGAUCCAUCCCACACUAACACAACUGAUUCACCUAAUCAAGGGCUUAAUCAUUACUAUAGUUAAGUAGUCAAAUCAAGUAUGUUAGUGCUGGUCUGGAAAAAAAGUCUGCUUACCCUGUCGGUCCCCAGGACCUGGAUCGAAAAACACUGCUUUAAAGGGCCAAUCAGCAUUAGAAACAAUAACAAGGCGUUCUUCCUGCCACUAUUUCAGUAAAAAGCUGAGGGAUGGGGCUGGGGAAGUGUAAUCACUCUCAAAUUCAUAGACUGAGCUAUGGAUACAAGGGCUGAACCUCCAUGAUAUCAAAAUGAUAGUUUUAACCAUGUUUUGAGACUAAACAGUGCUUGUUUACAUUUACUUUGUUUCCAAAAAUUGGAGUACAACAAACAUAUAUUUUGGGUUCUGAUUGAGUACGUCAGUUAAACUAUGGCAUUGAGGCAUUUAUAUGUUAUAUUCUUCAAGAUUCAAUGGGUACAAAAUGGAUGUAGCAACUGCUGAUUGCCCCUUUUAAGUCAACCAAGAUCAGUUUGAGCAAGCCGAGGCACAGAAUCGCUAAUCUUGAUCACACAAGUAGUCAUUUGGGAUGCAAGGUGAUUAGAUCAGUGAUUCUGCACAAUGUGACUGCAAUGUAAUCAGUCCCAAACAUGUUUUUGUUCAUGUCUCAGCAUGCAGCAGAACUGGAACAAAAGCAGAAUGAGACGGAGAAUAAGAAGCUGCUGGGAGAGGUGGUAAAGUACAGUAACGUCAUCCAGGUAAAAGUCAACUACAGACAACUCCUUCUUCUUAUCAGAAGCUAUAUCUCUGUUUGCUUUGUGCCCAGAACCUUGUGUUUGUUUUCACUUGAUCACCAAGGCUGCCUUUCUGUUUGUAGUCUGGCCUCUAGUGCCUCACAUUGCCAAUGAUGAAUGGCAUAGAGUACAUUUUCAAUUUAGUGCAGGUUUGUUCUGUGUGCUUUCAAAAGGCUUGUGGCCUCUAACUGUGGUUUAAACAGUCGUAUUAAAAUAAGUGGUUUGGUCAGGUCCAGUCUCUUGCUGUUAAAAUAUGGUGUUUUUUUCAUGUAGUGCUCUGUGUACGUCUUUCAUGCUAAAGCCAUUAUUUGAAUGAUCUGUCCAGAAAAGGGAAACUUUUAUUUAAAAAAAAAGGUUAUAUAUAUAUAUAUAUAUAUAUAUAUAUAUAUAUAUAUAUAUAUAUAUAUAUAUAUAUAUAUAUAUAUACAGUACCUGUCAAAGGUUUGGACACACCUACUCAUUCAAGGGUUUUUCUUUAUUUUCACAAUUUUUUACAUUGUAGAAUAAUAGUGAAGACAUCAAAACUAUGAAAUAACACAUAUGGAAUCAUAUAGUAACCAAAAAAGUGUUAAACAAAUCCAAAUAUUUUAUAUUUGAGAUUCUUCAAAUAGCCACCAUUUGCCUUGAUGACAGCUUUGACACUCUUGGCAUUCUCUCAACCAGCUUCAUGAGAUAGUCACCUGGAAUGCGUUUCAAUUAACAGGUGUGCCUUGUUAAAAGUUUAAUUUGUGGAAUUUCUUUCCUUCUUAAUGCGUUUGAGCCAGUCAGUUGUGUUGUGACAAGGUAGGGGGGGUAUACAGAAGAUAGCCCUAUUUGGUAAAAGACCAAGUCUAUAUUAAGCAAAGAGAAACAGUCCAUCAUUACUUUAAGACAUGAAGGUCAGUCAAUACGGAACAUUUCAAGAACUUUUAAAGUUUCUUCAAGUGCAGUCGCGAAAACCAUCAAACGCUAUGAUGAAACUGGCUCUCAUGAGGACCGCCACAGGAAUGGAAGACCCAGAGUUACCUCUGCUGCAGAGGAUAAGUUCAUUAGAGUUAACUGCACCUCAGAAAUUGCAGCCCAAAUAAAUGCUUCACAGAGUUCAAGUAACAGACACAUCUCAACAUCAACUGUUCAGAGGAGACUGUGUGAAUCAGGCCUUCAUGGUUGAAUUGUUACAAAGAAACCACUGCUAAAGGACACCAAUAAUAAGAAGAGACCUGCUUGGGCCAAGAAACACGAGCAAUGGACAUUAGACCGGUGGAAAUGUGUCCUUUGGUCUGGAGUCCAAAUUUGAGAUUUUAGGUUCAAACCGCCAUGUCUUUGUGAGAUGCGGUGUGGGUGAACGGAUGAUCUCCGCAUGGAGGAGGAGGUGUUAUGGUGUGGGGGUGCUUUGCUGGUGACACUGUCUGUGAUUUAUUUAGAAUUCAAGGCACACUUAACCAGCGUGGCUACCACAGCAGUCUGCAGUGAUACGCCAUCCCAUCUGGUUUGGGCUUAGUGGGACUAUCAUUUGUUUUUCAAUAGGACAAUGACCCAACACACCUCCCGGCUGUGUAAGGGCUAUUUUACCAAGAAGGAGAGUGAUGGAGUGCUGCAUCAGAUGACCUGGCCUCCACAAUCCCCCGACCUCAACCCAAUUGAGAUGGUUUGGGAUGAGUCGGACCGCAGAGUGAAGGAAAAGCAGCCAACAAGUGCUCAGCAUAUGUGGGAACUCCUUCAAGACUGUUGGAAAAGCAUUCCAGGUGAAGCUGGUUGAGAGAAUGCCAAGAGUGUGCAAAACUGUCAUCAAGGCAAAGGGUGGCUGUUUGAAGAAUCUAAAAUUUAAAAUAUAUUUUGAUUUGUUUAACACUUUCUUGGUUACUACAUGAUUCCAAAUGUGUUAUUUCAUAGUUUUGAUGUCUUCACUAUUGUUCUACAAUGUAGAAAAUAGUAAAAAUAAAGAAAAACCCUUGAAUGAGUAGGUGUGUCCAAACUUUUGACUGGUAAUGUAUAAAUAAUUUGGGUAAUGUUCUUAUCCCUUAUCCCAAGCGGAAACUAAAUUGAAAGGCUUUUGAGGUAAAUUCCAAAUCAAGUAAAAUCUGAGCUCAUAAUUAAUUGGUCUGGUGAAAUAAAAAUUAUGAACUAGCCCUACAUCUCACUUUAAUAAAAAAAAGUACCAAUUUCAUACGGUAACUGUUUCCUAGCACUAAAGAAAUGUGAUUGGUUAAGAUUAGAGUUAGGUGUUGUGGUGGGAUUCUAACCAUGGACCUUGUGUAUGAUGUGUCCUUGUAAAUUGGCCCCAUUUAUUUCUCCCUCAGCUUCUGCAUAUAAAGAGUAACAAGUACUUGACGGUGAAUAAGCGUUUGCCGGCGCUGCUGGAGAAGAACGCCAUGCGUGUGUCUCUGGACCCAGCCGGCAAUGAGGGCUCCUGGUUCUACAUCCAGCCCUUCUGGAAACUCCGCAGCGAGGGGGAUAAUGUAGGUACCCCUGUUAGUGCUGAUCUUGGAUCAAGUCCCCCUUGUCUUUAUAAUCCUCUUCAUUAUUAUCUGAAAGGCAAAACUGAUCCUAGAUCAGCACUUUUACUGAGCCGCUUUAUGAAAAGGGGCCCUGACCUGACUCACUACAGGCCACUGCUUUGAAGGUACCCUGUAACUAGGGCCAGGAGUUUUUCCCGAACAUGUGACCCGAUGAUGAAAAACUCCUAGCCCUACUUACCAUAGAUAUGUUAUUGUAAACCAAACUUCAUGAUGAACCUCAGUAUUGUUAAUAAUUAUUUUAAAUUUUUAUGGGCCGUCUUAAUAUUGAACAUGUCAUAUUUUAAUUAGAUUGGUAUUAUGUCCAUGUCAAAGUAAUAUCUUCAUCCUUCUGAAAUAACUUGAUUGGUUUUCUCCUUUCCUUUUGCUUUAGCAUCCUAUGGUGGAAGGUAUUCUUCUUGUUUGAAGUGCAUGGUGUGUGUGUUCGGCCAUGAGACUUGCUGUGAAAGCAUGUUAGCACUAGCCUUGCAUGUAGUCAUUGAGCAUUGAAAAACUUAAGUACGUGUGUGCAUUUCCACUAGUCUUGUACAAUUUCCUAUUUUUCCCUUAAAAGGCCAUUCCGCCACUUUUCAACCUCAUAUUCACCAAACCAGUGUCUACAUAUGUGAAAACUGCGCUUUUCUAUGAUCUGUGGUUCAAAAGAUAAGAAGAAAGGUAAAAGAAAAUGCUUCUCUGUGACAUCACAGGGUAGGAUUAAAACAAAAAAAACAGUGGUUUUUCUAAACCUGCAACGAGUUUCUAGCCCAAGGGAGGGUAUUUUCUUGCUCCCACAUCACCGCUAAUAUCAUAGUGUUUGAAAAUCAGCGUUUUUUGUUGUUGUUAUAACUUUUGAUGUCACCAGGUAGAACAUUUUUAAUUUAUAUUAUUUUCUAAAAAACUUAGAAAUGCGCAGUUUUCCAUAUGUUGACACACUUAUUGUGCUGGAGAUAAUGAAAAUUAGGUUGAAAAGUGGUGGAGUUGCCCUUUAACUGUUAUUGACUGGAAGUUUUAGAUUACAGCAAUGCUAUCGAUAGAUACAGUGCAUUGGGAAAGUAUUAAGACCACUUGACUUUUUCCACAUCCUCAUCAAGCUACACACAAUACCCCAUAACGACAAAGCGAAAACAGUUUUUAUUUUCUUCGAAAAACUGAAAUACCUUUUAUUUAUAUAAGUAUUCAGACCCUUUGCCAUGAGACUUGUAAUUGAGCUCAGGUGCAUCCUGUUUCCAUUGGUCAUCCUUGAGAUGUUUCUACAACUUGAUUGGAGUCCAACUGUGGUAAAUUGAAUUGAUUGGACAUGAUUUGGAAAGGCACACACCUGUCUAUAUAAGGUCCCACAGUUGACCGUGCAUGUCAGAGCAAAAACCAAGCCAUGAGGUCGAAGGAAUUGUGGGGGGGAAGGGUACCAAAACCUUUCUGCAGCAUUGAAGGUCCCCAAGAACAAAGUGGCCUCCAUCAUUCUUAAAUGGAAGAAGUUUGGAACCACCAAGACUCUUCCUAGAGCUGGCCACCCGGUCAAACUGAGCAAUCGGGGGAGAAGGGCCUUGGUCAGGGAGGUGACCAAGAACCCGAUGGUCACUUUGACGGAGCUCCAGAGUUCCUCUGUGGAGAUGGGAGAACCUUCCAGAAGGACAAACAUCUCUGCAGCACUCCACCAAUCAGGCCUUUAUGGUAGAGUGGCCAGACGGAAGUCACUCCUCAGUAAAAGGCACAUGACAGCCCGCUUGGAGUUUGCCAAAAGGCACAUAAAGACUCUCAGACCAUGAGAAACAACAUUCUCUGGUCUGAUGAAACCAAGAUUGAACUCUUUGGCUUGAAUGCCCAGUGUCAUGUCUGGAGGAAACCUGGCACAAUCCCUACGGUGAAGCAUGGUGGUGGCAGCAUCAUGCUGUGUGGAUGUUUUUCAGCGGCAGGGAGUGGGAGACUAGUCAGGAUCGAGGGAAAGAUGAACAGAGCAAAGUACAGAGAGAUCCUUGAUGAAAACCUGCUCCAGAGCGCUCAGGACCUCAUAGGCCAGUCUAGUUCUUCCACACCAAUCUCAACAAAUAAUUUCUGUAUGGACCUCGCUUUAUGCAAGGGGGCAUUGUCAUGCUGAUACAGGAAACUGUUGCCAAAAAGUUGGAGGAACAGAAUCUUAUAGAAUGUCAUUGUAUGCUGUAGCGUUAAGAUUUCCCUUCACUGGAACUAAGGGGCCUAGUCUGAACCAUGAAAAACAGCCCCAGACCAUUAUUCUUCCUCCACCAAACUUUACAGUUGGUGCUAUGCAUUCGGGCAGGUAGCGUUUUCCUGCCGUCCGCCAAACCCGGAUUCGUCUGUUGGAUUGGCAGAUGGUGAAACAUGAUUAAUCACUCCAGAGAACGUGUUUCCACUGCUCCAGAGUCCAAUGGCGGUGAGCUUUACACCCCUCCAGCCGAUGCUUGGCAUUGGGCAUGGUGAUCUUAGGCUUGUGUGCGGCUGCUCGGCCAUGGAAACCCAUUUUAUGAAGCUCCCGAGGAACAGUUAUUAUGCUGACGUUGCUUCCAGAGGCAAUUUGGAACUCGGUAGUGAGAAAUUUGUGCUAUGUGCUUCAGCACUCGAGGGUCCCGUUCUGUAAGCUUGUGUAGCCUACGACUUCGCGGCUGAGCUGUUGUUGCUCCUAGACAUUUCCACUUCACAAUAACAGCACUUACAGUUGACCAGUGCAGCUCUAGCAGGGCAGAAAUUUGAUGAACUGACUUGUUUGAAAGGUGGCUUCCUAUGACGAUGCCACGUUGAAAGUCACUGAGCUCUUCAGUAAGGCCAUUCUACUGCCAAUGUUUGUCUAUGGAGCUUGCAUGGCUGUGCUCGAUUUGUAUACACCGGUCAGCAACGGGUGUGGCUGAAAUAGCAGAAUCCACCAAUUUGAAGGGGUGGUAACAUACUUUUGUAUGUAUAGUGUAGAUAGAUAGAUGCAACAUUGUUAUUGGAAUGGCCUGCCUUUAAGAACAAUUCUUCUCCUGUCCAUUUUAGUCCAUUUACAGUCUGUUUAUUGAGAUAUUUAUGUGUUUUGAAUGUAGAGUACAGUUUGAAUGUAGAUGUUUGAGACUAUGGUGCAUACAGGACAGUACACUGCAUUCAGCGAUUCACGCUACCACACACAUAGCUGUAUGAGUGAAUUAAUGUCUAUGCACUGUAAACACCCUACAUGCUACACUUCCUUCAUUUGACCAUGGUUUGUGCUCAUCUGCUAUUGAAAAUGACACACAGAAUAAGCCCACUCAUCCUAUUUGCAUUGUUGUGGGGAAUGCUUAUCUCUGGAUGGAUAGUUGCCCUCUGCAUGGGACAGGGUGUGACUGUGGACCUUUGCUGUUUGAAGUGUGUCUCAUACCUCUGUCCCAUUGUCCUGUGAUAGGUCCGAUUAGACAUCUGCCUCAUUUGUAUCUAUAUUCUACUCUCACUCUACUCUACUUGUAAUCAUGUGUACGCUAGUGUCUGACCUGUUGUGGUUGGUCCCUAGGUGGUGGUGGGAGACAAAGUGGUCUUGAUGCCUGUGAACGCAGGGCAGCCUCUCCAUGCCAGCAACAUUGAGCUGCUAGACAACCCUGGCUGCAAGGAGGUAAGAUCCAUGAAACAAUUUGAUUAGAGCUACAGUAUAGCGGUUACCGUGUAAAAAUGUACUGUAUGCAUGGAAAAACUGUGCAGAAGGAUGAUGGCCAUGUUGUGUCUGUCCCAGCCUGCUAUCUCCAACAAUUCCUGCAUUGUCACAUUUUUGAAUACUCCCAAAAAGCUGCUGGUCAGCAUGUUUGCCUUUUAAGUGAAUAGGACUCAUGAGACGAGAGUGGUGGUGGUUCGAAUCCAGGCGGCGGUUCGAAUCUAGGCUUGUUUUUAUUUAGGCGUGUCUUUAUUUAACCCUUACCUUAACUACUUGCUAGUAUGCCUAAACCUAAAUGUACUCUAACCACUCUCUUAGCAUACCGUAACCUAACCUUAUCCUAACCCUUAACCUUUAACCAUAACGACUCGCUAACGCACACAUAUCAUAACAUGCGUUUGGAAACCUGCCUGAUUGCAGCAGGUAUUAAGAACCUUAAGAAUCUUGUCUAGUGGUAGUGCUGCAGACUCCGGUCCAUACAUACCCGCUGGCGACGGGGUCACGAAUACCACCUCUGACCCUACUCUGUCUCUCUCUCUAUCGGUCUCCCUCUCUACCUUCCGGCUAUCACUGUCCAUAAAAAUUGUCCUUUCAUGGUUGCAGAACCGGCAUUGUUGCAGGAAUGGCAAACCAGCAGCUAUCUGAGGCUCUGAAAAUAUGUGUAUAAUUCAGGUAUAGUCAUGACAGUCCGUUGGUCUUCUCUGCUCCUCUCCUUGGUUUUUCUGUAGGUGAACGCUGUGAACUGCAACACCAGCUGGAAGGUCACUCUGUUCAUGAAGUUCAGUGACUACAGAGAGGACGUCCUCAAAGGAGUGAGUGUUUUGUCUUUAUCUUACCUCUUCUACAUGCUGCCUGCCUAAUGUCCUUCAGUGCAGACAGAGGGUUCUAUGCAAAGUUUGUUGAUGGGGAGGCUCUCCGUCUUAGGUGAAAGAAUUCAUGCUUUCACAUCCACAUUUUAAAGUUUUUUUUUUUUUUUACAAAUAGUUAUUAUGGCAUCAUGAUUAUAAUAAUUAAAUUAUGAUAAUUUAUGCUCAGUUGAUAAUAACUCAAAUCAAGUGUUACUUUAAAGUGUUUAUUUUCAGUUUCUUAGCCCAAACAGCUAAACCAUGUUGUUGUCAUCUCUGUCAGGGUGAUGUGGUGCGUCUGUUCCACGCCGAACAGGAGAAGUUCCUGACAUGUGACGAGUACAGGAAUCAGCAGCACAUCUUCCUCAGGACCACCCUGAGACAGUCUGCCACCUCCGCCACCAGUUCCAAAGCACUCUGGGAAAUAGAGGUACCUACUGCACUGUUUGCCUACUGCAAUGGUUCCGUCCCAAUUCUCCCAAAGUGUGCACCCGUGCACUCCUCGUCACACAUGUAUUGGUGUGGGUUAGUUUCCACCAUUUCUUACACCAGUCCUUUGCCUUUAAAUCAACAAAGACAAGUGAACAAGUGCAUACUUAGAACAGAGAAUUGGGACGGAGUGAGAAGCUCUUGAUUUGGUAGAACGAGUGGAAACACCUGUUUUGAAUAGGAAAUUCCCCAGAGGGAGAUUAAACAAGUGUCUUCCUCGUGAACAAAUACAUUACCUCAUACUAUGAUGUUAUUAAUGGCGCUAAGUGAUGUUGAGGGUUCUUUCUUCGUUGAUCAGUGUGUUUUAAAUGUGUGUUUCUCUAUGGCAGGUUGUGCACUACGACCCCUGCAGAGGGGGUGCCGGCCAGUGGAACAGCCUGUUUCGCUUCAAACACCUGGCCACUGGGAACUACCUGGCUGCAGAGGUAGGGUGUUACUUUCUCCCUCCUUCUCUCUCGCUCUCGCUCUCUCUCUUUGACUGUGUGUCAAACGGUUAUUUUGGUUGUCGGUUGUCUUUUCAUUGUGUUUUGACUCUGCUGCUGAAUUUGAAUACUGUUAAUUUAAAUACUCUGUCCAUGAAUGACUCAUCUUGUACAGUAAUACAGGAUGUUGUUCAUUUUCAUUGCUUUUUUAAUUUCCAAAAACCCACAAUAUAAUACAUUCCACAAAAGAUAAUACUUAUCUUAUCACAUGAUGGAAAAUCUUUGACUAAGUAUGUGCAAUAACCAACGCUACCAUCUCUUGUUUGAGUGUUUUCUGACUUGACAGAUUGCCAAUGUGUGGGUGUUUUCCACUCUGGUUAACAUCCUGUCACUACUUGUUAAUCCCUACUUUACAUGAAACUGCGAGAAGUGCCAACAGACCACAAUGCAGCUUUCUUUGUAGACUACUGUCUCUGUACUGUCUCUUAUGUCAGUCCUCUCUCUGUGGUCAGGCUGUAAGGGUGCUGGUCUAGGAUCAGGUCCUACCUGUCCAUAUAAUCCUAUUAAUUAGGAUCUAAAAGUAAACACUGAUCCUAUAUCAGCAAUCCUGCUCUGAGAUUCUUUGUGAAUACUGUGUGCUUUAGCCAACUGUACUGAUUACUCAUGUAUGGCAUGAAAACUAAAGUCAGAGGAGUUGGGAUUUGGCUAGGCCUCUAGCUACAGACUGUGUUUAUGUACAUUAUACAUAUCUGGGAUCAGGCUUGUAGUGAGAGGUGAGCAGAUGUUGUUGUUCCAGACGUGCUGCAGAUGGCAGUGUUCCCAUUUUUAUGGCCUAGUGAUGGGUAUCCCAAGUCUUUAUUGUGAGCCGGAUAUUUUGGAUAUACGUUCACCUAAAAUGAGCCGUUCAUUUAGUUCCUACAUGGCUCAUCGUUCAGUAGCGCUUAGAAAUGGAUGAAAAAACAUGACAAAUUUCACAUUUCCUACCAUUUAUGUCAGAACGUGAAAUGUGAGUUCAAAUACAUUUUACCUGAAGAAAUUAGAUUACUGCAAAAUUGAGUGUGGACCAGAUUGUGGCUCUCUCCCCACUACCUAUUGUUCCUGCAGUGAAGAAUUACCAUCUUCAGAGAAUGUUUUUAUAACUUAUCUAUAAUCGUUGUCUGGAGCUCAAAAAGCAGUAUGCAAAUCAAGGAGCCAAAUGAACAGCUCUUUCGCAGAUACAAUUCGGUUCCCGACGUUCACCAAAAGUAUUUGUUCAAAAAGAGCUAUUCGUUCGCAAACGACCCAUCACUAUUAUGGCCCUCUCUCUCUGUAAUCUCCUUCAUUGUGCUGUACAGGUGCAGCACUGCAAAAAUAAUUUCCCCAAGGAGAUAAUAAAGUUGAUCAAAUCUGUCAACUUAAUCACAAUCAACAAACUGUUAAUGGUGUGAAGAGUGUGUGGUCUGAACAGUUGACUGACUGUCUGACUGACUGACUGACUUUCUUUUCUUUCUAUAGAUAAACCCUGAUUUCCGGGAUGAGAGUGUGGAUUCUAAAGCAGAGGUGAAUCAGGUUAGUGAAACACUCUUCUGGUUUUCAUAUUCCUGUCUGAUGGACCUUAGUCUGGACCUCAUUUCCACUGAUUUCAACCACAUGGUAUAUCUAUGAGUAUUCUGGUAUGUGUUGUGUUUAACAAUGCAUGACCAUGGUCUCUCUUAGAUGAGAUUUUACAACUAGUACUGCAUAAAGGGUAGAUCAAACUGUGCAUCCUCUACAAACAGUGUGUUUCUGCUAAGAGAGCAACUUUGUGUGGGUGUGUUUCUAUGCAGUGGUAGAGGGAGUGCACCUGUCAAACGCUGGGCCUCCUGCUUGGGCCCUCUGUUCUCUCACACCACCUCAAACUCCUAUUAUGCAAUAGCUUUUCCUCUUACUCAUCAGUAAGAACAGACUCAUCCGCUCACUUUCUUCCCUUCUUUCCUCUCUCUCUCUUUUUAUCUUUCUCUCUCACACACACACAUGCAUGCACACACACACUCACAACAUACACUACCAGGGGUUGUAACCAAAAUUAUUUUCCAAUCGUUUAGUUCUGAACAGAACCACUAUUUUUUUUGUUCCGUUCUACUGUUCCCGAGCAACAAAAUAAAAAAGUACCGGUUUAUAUUGUUCCCUUUUUAACCUCUGAAAUCAAGUUUUUUUUUUUAGCUCAUUAAAUUACUUCACAAAUCAGUGCGAAUAGAGCAAGCAAGCUAGUUGUUUACAGGUGUGAUGGACAGACAAGUGCAGCCUAUGGUACAAGAUGCUACUGAAAUUUUGCAGGUGGGGAGAGAGGGUUGAGGAGGAGGCUUGAAGCGCUGGGCAUCUUGUUAUGACAUGCUUUAUAGAAUUAUGUACACAGAAUUAUACCUAGGAGGAGCGGCUUCUAUGGAGGAACUUUUAAAUGUCCUUUGAGCUAGCUAGUAAGCUUGAACUAGCUAGCUAGCUAACAAGCUUGCAUGUGCAGAGCGGCACCAGAGUUAAUAACACAGCUUUUUGAAGUUAGUAAGUGAAACAUGAUAAUUAGGCCUAUAGUAUCCUUAACUAGCAUUGAAAAAAAUGUAUCCAUUCUUCUCUAGCUAAUUAAAUAUCUUCUCCCUAUCUUCUGAAUUACGCUUGUAACGUCAGUGCAGUAGCCUAUGCUUAGGAGGGGGGAGGGACAGGUUGCCUAAACACGUACACACACUGGCAAAGAUCUUCAACUUGCAGGCAGACACUGGAAUACGUUUCUGAGUGACAGAGAGAGGGCUUUGCACUUAUUUUUUUCUAGUCCCAAAAAAAGCCUGGAACGUUAUUAACCGGUUGCCACGCUUUUAAAAUAACGGUUCUGUUCCGGAACAGUAUGGAUCACUUUAAUUCCAGGUUCCUUUUCGGUUCCUUAAAAUUUUUGUUGUUUUCUGUUCUGUUCCAACCCAUGUUGCUCUACCAACGUGUAGCUCAGGUUUGUGGGUUCGUUUCCCACGGGGGACCAGUAUGGAAAAAAAAAAAAAAAUGUAUGCACUCACUAACUGUAAGUCACUCUGGAUAAGAGCGUCUGCUAAAUGACUAAAAUGUAAAUGUAAUGUACACAACGUAGACAAUGUACAAACUCUAUUUCAAGACAGAUUUUCCUGCACUUGCCGACCUUCUGCAUUGGUAUUCUGCCUCCGCUCACACUGGAACACAAACUCGGCUCAGACACUCAGUGGGCCCCUUAUAUAAAGUCUGAGUGUGUGGGUGCUCUGUGAGAGAGGGAGAUGAAGAGAUGGAGGGAGGGGAGACAGACGUGCUGUCUGCUCUGCUGUGCUGUUAUGUACUGCUGGAUGGAGUGAGUCACCCAGAGGAGAGGAGGGGGGAGAGGAGGUGAUAAGGCACAGGGGUGGCUCAGAGGAGCUCUUUCCCAUUGACACGCAGAGAACACUGCAGCGGUUAACCCUCCCAGUACUGGCCUAUUAUCUGUCUGCAGCAUCCACACAGUGCAGUCCAAACCUCAUCCACUGUCUCAUUGUAAUAACAUAAGCUGCCAUUGUUUUGUUUUUUUACAGUGCUUUGAAUCUGUGUCACAGGUUUAUUGAUAUUAGCAUUGAGAAUGCUUUAGUUGCAAGAACUUUGGUAUCCAUCUUUGUGUGUCUGUGCUGUCUGUCUGCAGACGGAGACAGAUACAGUGUACUCCAAGAAGAAGCGUCAGGCUGCAGAGAAGAUAGCCUGCACCCUGGUGUCUGUGCCCCAUGGCAACGACAUCGCCUCUCUGUUUGAGCUGGACGCCACCACGCUGCAGAUGGCUGACUGUCUGGUGCCCAGGUCAGAGACUGGCCGCUAAAACACAUUUUAAAAUAUCUAAAACACUGAAAACAUUUAAAGGUCGGUUAGAACUAGGUUGAAUAUUUUCCUAUUGAAAACUACAACUCCCUACAGCAUCCCACAGUUUGUUCUUGAUUUGAUGUCUCUCAUGCUUGAUAGGAUUUCUCUCUAGAGAAACAGCGCAUUGAGCUCACAAAAAAAAAACUAAAUGGAAUUCAAGUAACUGAACCGAUUAAAUUUUGGUUAAUCGCUCAGCACUUCAAAACACACUUCGAACACACUGUGCCUUCCCUCAGGAACUCGUACGUACGGCUGAGACACCUGUGUACCAACACCUGGGUGAGCAGCACCAACUUCCCCAUCGACGCUGAGGAGGAGCGCCCUGUCAUGCUCAAGGUCCAAUACUACCCCCCUGCUGUUUUUGUGCUUAUAAUAAUAUUGUCACAAACUUUUUUCACAAACUUUUCAACAUUGUAAGUUACUAUUAGACAUAGGGUUCAUUGUGGAGUUUGGAGGGAUUGUUGUUGAGUCUAUAGGCCUACAGUACACAUGAGUAGUUCAUUUGAUACUGUAUGCCCUCUACCCACAGAUUGGCACGUGCCCUACGAAGGAGGACAAGGAGGCAUUUGCUAUUGUCUCUGUACCCCUGUUUGAGGUCCGAGACCUGGACUUUGCCAACGAUGCCAACAAGGUCCUGGAGUUGACCGUGAGGAAGCUGCAGUACGGCAACAUUGCUCAGAACGAGAGGAGGUACAGCACAGCCCUGCUGACACAACCAAGACACCCUGGCUGUGCCUGGAAAUGUUACUAGCCAGCAAAUCCUUGCUUCCUCCUUACUUGCGCAUCUGAGGAGGUGGUCGGAGGGCAGGGUCUUUGGAUCCUCUCCUCCAAUGUGCUUUGAGAGCGAGCCGAAUGGAGGAAACAAGGAUGUGAAGGCUAGUAACGUUGUUAGACAGUGCAAUGCAAUCGAAUAUAGCUCCUGAGUAGAAUACAACGUGAUACAGUCAGUAUAGGCGCUAGAGUAUGCCCCCUAGUGACACGGCCAAGAGGGUUACACUGUUUAUUUGGUCCAAUACUGUGUAAUUCAAUCUGUUUUCAAUUAUAAUUUUUAUUGCAUGUAUUAAUUUCCUCAUUCCCUAUGGAAUCUCGAUGUCUGCAAUAACUGUGGCUUUCAGACAGAUAAUGUGUUCUGUGUACUUCUGUCAUAUCAACUAAUGUUAUUUUGGGGGCCCGUGUUUCCCAGGUUUGUGACUAAGCUGUUAGAGGACCUGAUCUUCUUUGUGUGCGAGGUCCCCAACAACGGUCAGGACGUGCUGUCUGUGGUCAUCUCCAACCCCAACAGGGAAAGACAGAAACUAAUGAGGGAACAGAACAUUCUAGCCCAGGUCAGCUCACUCAUACACUCACACACACUCUCCCAGAAUAUCGCCUAAAGAAGUAUCCUCUAGCUUUGGUCUUAUAUCUGAUUCUGCUUUGGCCAGUUCCUGUGUUGUCUGUUGUUGUCAUAACAAUUAUAUUGGGUAAUGAUGACAAAGAGAAGCUAUUUGUAUCUUACAAACACUGUUAAAUUGAGCUAAAAGUGUGCAGAUUUAUUUUGACUUAAUAGACUUAUUUGCUAACGCAGAAGCAGACUGGCACCCAAGCUAGAAGGGGAAUUCCACUGUCUCCUUCCAAUGGCCAUCACACUGUGACUUAUGGGCAAUAGAGUGCAGAAAGCAGGCUCCCUCUAAUCACAGUAAUUUAAGGGAUUAAUAAUUCAAGUCAAUUAUGCCAAAGGCUGUGCUAAUAGCAUUGUUAGCGGUAAUGAUGCUGGCAGUGGUAAUUACUGUGAUUAGGGAUGAUACGGACAACAACAGAAUAAUUUGUAAAGUGCAAUUGUUUUGGCAUCAACAAGUCAUUUGUCUGUCUGUCUCUCUCUCUCUGAUCUCUUCUCUCUUCUGCUGUCUGAUUUCUCCAGAUUUUUGGUAUUCUGAAGGCCCCAUUCACGGACCUGGGGGAGGGGCCCAUGCUGAAGCUGGAGGACUUGGGGGACCAGCGCUACGCUCCCUUUAAGUACAUGCUGCAGCUGUGCUACCGGGUGCUGCGCCACUCCCAACAGGACUACCGCAAGAACCAGGCUAGUAGCACUGUAGCUUUGUCCAACUCGCAACCCUGACUCUAUCUUGGUCAAUAAGAUCAAUAACUGUUUGUUAUAAAAUAUAAGCUUACACUACCAGUCAAAAGUUUGGACACACCUACUCAUUCAAGGGUUUUUCUUUAUUUUUUACAUUGUAGAAUAAUAGUGAAGACAUCAAAACUAGUAAAUAACACUUAUGGAAUCAUGUAGUAACCAAAAAAGUGUUAAACAAAUCAAAAUAUAUUCUUCAAAUAGCCAACCUUUGCCUUGAUGACAGCUUUGCACACUCUUUGCAUUCUCUCAACCAGCUUCAUGAGGUAGUCACCUGGAAUGCAUUUCAAUUAACAGGUGUGCCUUCUUAAAAGUUAAUUUGUGGAAUUUAUUUUCUUCUUAAUGCAUUUGAGCCAAUCAGUUUUGUUGUGACAAGGUAGGGGGGUAUACAGAAGAUAGCCCUAUUUGGUAAAAGACCAAGUCCAUAUUAUGGCAAGAACAGCUCAAAUAAGCAAAGAGAAACAACAGUCCAUCAUUACUUUAAGACAUGAAGGUCAGUCAAUAUGGAACAUUAAAAAAAAACAUCAAGCGCUAUGAUGAAACUGGCUCUCAUGAGGACCGCCACAGGAAUGGAAGACCCAGAGUUACCUCUGCUGCAGAGGAUAAGUUCAGUAGAGUUACCAGCCUCAGAAAUUGUAGCCCAAAUAAAUGCUUCAAGUCACAGACACAUCUCAACAUCAACUGUUCAGAGGGGACUGUGUGAAUCAGGCCUUCAUGGUCGAAUUGCUGCAAAGAAACCACUACUAAAGGACACCAAUAAGAAGAAGAGACCUGCUUCGGCCAAGAAACACGAGCAAUGGACAUUAGACCGGUGGAAAUGUGUUCUUUGGUCUGGAGUCCAAAUUUGAGAUUUUUGGUUCCAACCGCCAUGUCUUUGUGAGACGCGCUGUGGGUGAACGGAUGAUCUCCGCCCCACCGUAAAGCACGGAGGAGGAGGUGUUAUGGUGUGGGGGUGCUUUGCUGGUGACACUGUCUGUGAUUUAUUUAGAAUUCAAGGCACACUUAACCAGCAUGGCUACCACAGCAUUCUGCAGCGAUACGCCAUCAAAUCUGGUUUGGGCUUAGUGGGACUAUCAUUUGUUUUUCAACAGGACAAUGACCCAACAUACCUCCAGGUGGUGUAAGGGCUAUUUUACCAAGAAGGAGAGUGAUGGCGUGCUGCGUCAGAUGACCUGGCCUCCACAAUCCUCAACCCAAUUGAGAUGGUUUGGGAUGAGUCGGACGGCAGAGUGAAGGAAAAGCAGCCAACAUGUGCUAAGCAUAUGUGGGAACUCCUUCAAGACUGUUGGAAAAGCAUUCCAGGUGAAGCUGGUUGAGAGAAUGCCAUUAGUGUGCAAAGCUGUCAUCAAGGCAAAGGGUGGCUAUUUGAAGAAUCUCAAAUCUCGAAUAUAUUUUGAUUUGUUUAACACUUAUUGGGUUACUACAUGAUUCCAUAUGUGUUAUUUCAUAGUUUUGAUGUCUUCACUAUUAUUCUACAAUGUAGAAAAUAGUAAAAAUAAAGAAAAACCCUUGAAUGAGUAGGUGUGUCCAAACUUUUGACUGGUAAUGUAUAUGUAGGAAGUCGUGUAUGUGAAAGAUGAAGAUCCAUUGUGUGCUGGUUGAAGUAUCUCAAGCAGAAACUCUUAACCCUAUCAGCCAACCCAUCACAACAAGGUCGUGUUCAUUAGGGCAGACAGUAGUACAACUUUUUUUUGCGUUGUUUGGAAGGUAAGCAUUUCACGGUAAAGUCUACACCUUUUGUAUUCAGCGCAUGUGACAAAAAUUUGAUUUGAUUUAGUUUAAUUUGAAAACAAAUUGCAACGGAACACGAAAGUGAGCAUUUAUUAUUGGACAAGUUCAUAUACCCGACCCAGAUGUAUUCCUAUAGUGGUAUCCAUCGCGACUAACUGGUCUCAUUCUGCCCUCCAGGAGUACAUAGCCAAGAAGUUCUCCAUCAUGCAGUCUCAGAUCGGUUAUGAGAUCCUGGCGGAGGACACCAUUACAGCUCUGCUCCACAACAACCGCAAGCUGUUGGAGAAACACAUCACAGCCAAGGAGAUUGAGACCUUUGUCAAACUGCUGCGACGCAACCGAGAGCCCAGGUCAGGACAGAGCAGAGCAGGAAGGAGAAAUGUGUGUACUAUAUAUAACACACAUUAUAAAUGUUCGAGCCCUGAAUGCUGAUUGGCUGAAAGCCGUGGAAUACCAAAACAUAAAUUGUUACUGUUCUAAUUAUGUUGGUAACCAUUUUAUAAUAGCAAUAAGGCACCUCGGGGGUUUGUGGUAUAUGGCCAAUAUACCACAGCUAAGGGCUGUAUCCAGGCACUUCACGUUGCGUCGUGCAUAAGAACAGCCCUUAGCCGUGGUAUAUUAGCCAUAUACCACACCCCCUCGGGUCUUAUUGCUUAAUUAUAACAUGCAUAUGACACACACACACACACACACAUUUGAUCCAUGAAACUCCCAAUGUUUAUGGUUAGAUAUACACACUGGGGCUAUAAAGCACAAUGUGCCACACAAACAAAAAACCUAUGUAUAUUACGGUAUAUUUGUGUUGCCUGUGAUUGUUAGGUAUUGUUAAGCCACUGUACUGGGUUCAACGUCUUUGAGCAGAUUUUGUCCAAUAUGUUUGGUUGUGUUCUUCUGUCCAAUCAGGUUCCUGGACUAUCUGUCAGACCUGUGUGUGUCCAAUAAGACGGCCAUUCCAGUGACACAGGAGCUCAUCUGUAAAUUCAUGCUGAACUCCGCCAAUGCUGACAUCCUCAUCCAGACCAAGUGAGUCUCACACACACACACAAACACAAACACACACACAUGCCUGUGCUCUCUACCGAACACUGGUGCCCAGGUUUUCAGAUUGGGGACUGAUGUUUGACAUGGCUGUGUUAUACACUAGAAGUUCACAAUCACAUAAGCUGUUACAUCUGUGUAAAAAGACACAGCUUGGGUGAAUAUCAUUAAGCUGGUGUAUGCAGAUGUGCAAAGAGAAGUAGCAGAUAUUGUGUGUGGUAGUGUAUAUGUGGGUGUGUGUUUUGAGCUCCAAAGUGAAGAAUGAAUGCUUCCAUUCCCCCCCCCAGGCUCAUCCCCAACACAGAGACAUCCCUGGAGUCGUCCUUGCUGCUGGAGGACACAGAGGACGAGGAGGUGUGGCUCUACUGGAUCGACAGCCACAAGGAGCCGCACGGCAAGUCCAUCCGCCACCUGGCCCAGGACGCCAAGGGCAACCACAAGCUGGACAGCGACAUCAUCACCUACUACAGGUACUAGACAGCUACUGCAGCAAGGUGUUCAAAGUCUUUAUUGUCUCUGGAUGGCGAAACGUUGGUUCUCCUAUUUAUUGAUGUAUCGAGUGUUCAACUUAGUUUCUGGUCCGUUAGUCUACAGUACACCUUGUCAAUCAUUUGGGUGUGCGUCUUCAGUCCAACUACCAAACAUUUCACAUGUCAUAUUUCUAUGACACACCUAUGACAUCUCUUCUCCAUGUAUUUCCUCUCCAUCUCCCCCCUUCCCCAUCCACCCUCCAGAUACCAGCUCAACCUGUUUGCCAAGAUGUGUCUGGACCGCCAGUACCUGGCUAUCAACCAGGUGUCCAGCCAGCUUCCUGUGGACCUGAUCCUGCGCUGCAUGUUUGACGACUGCCUGCCCUACAACCUUCGCGCCUCCUUCUGCCGCCUCAUGCUGCACAUGCACGUGAACCGCGAGCCCCAGGAGGCCGUGGUCGCUGUGCGCUACGCCCGCCUCUGGACCGAGAUCCCCUCCAAGAUCACCAUCCACGAGUGAGUGGGGGGGUUGGGGUGGAGAUGGUGGGGUGUGUUUUAUGUGGCUUUGGGAUCUGUGGAUGUGGCAAUAACAUACUGAAUCUGUAACUGGCACACCACUUGAAAGAAAAUUACCUCUGGGUAGAGAGUCAUCACAGAUUAAUUGCAUCUUCAGUUUGCUGCAUGUUUCAUGCAUCUAGGUAGCGAGAGCACUUUCUUUUCUCUAGAGAAACAUUGCAGUCAGAUUUUCUAGGCUGAAGGUCUAUUUCAUAGGUUUAAACAACUGACAUUGAAUUUCUUUGUUAAUUAGAUUCUCAUGUAGAGACUGUAUAGUUGCUGUGCUAUAUAAUAACUAUCCUCUAUAACUGUCUCCAUAGGUAUGAGUAUGAGUUCAGAGACACCUCCAGAGAGGAGAUGAAGAGGAAGUUUGCCCCCACCAUGGAGUUUGUAGAGGAAUACCUCAAGGACGUGGUCAGUCAGCCCUUUCCCUUUGGAGACAAAGAGAAGAAUGAACUGACUCUGGAGGUAAAAAAGCACACAACUAUUUGUGUGAUUGGUUGUUAUCCAUUCCAAACUAUGGAUAUAGACAUCCUCACUUUCAAUUUUUUCUGGUCAAUUUUUAUUAAAACGUUCAUGACAUAUACAGUAACACCACAAAAACAAUAAUACAACCUUACAACAGUCAUUCUCCCACCUCACCCAGUGGUGACCACCCCCCCUACCCAACACAAAGAUAGUAACAGACAUGAUCACUUUCUGAUGUUAAGGUUGCGUCUAACUCUGGCCUCUGUGGGGAAACCUCGUCUCCGGUGUUGUAGGUGGUACAUCUGGCCCGUAACCUGGUCUACUUUGGCUUCUACAGCUUCAGUGAGCUGCUGCGUCUCACACGCACCCUCCUGGCCAUCCUGGACUUUGUCCAGCACCCACUCACCUACAUGGACAAGCUCAGCAAGAGUCCCGAGGCAGGUGAGUCACACAGAGAAUGAAUGAAUUAACUGAUUCAAACAUUUCAUUAAAUCACAAAACAAUUGAUUUGUUUACUAAGUUUAUUAAGCAUAUGCACAAUGCAUAUAGACUAAUUGAUAGAUGAGUUUCCAGAUGUGAAACUUCAAGGGAUACUCUCCUCGUCUCUUUAUUAAAGAGCUUUUAUGACCUGGGUCGUGUUAAUUAGGACACUUAACGUAAAAUGUUUUGAAACAUUUUGCAACAGAAGAUUAGCGUUCCUUAAUGUACAAGGCCAGGUAGUCCCUCUCUGUUUCAGUCCGUUUCCUUAUGUUUGGUGCCCAAUGAACACCUCCGGGGUCUCCAUGUCCUCCAGGGAACAACGUGUUGCGUACCAUCCACGGCGUGGGGGAGAUGAUGACCCAGAUGGUGCUGAGUAGAGGGUACGUCCUGCCUCACCACCUCCCCGACACGCCCCCGUCCCUCCAGCACGGAAUACAACCCUUCCUUCUGCCCGACAACGAGGACGUCAUGGUCAUGGACACCAAGCUCAAAAUCAUUGAGAUCCUACAGGUGAGUGGAGCACAACCAUGUGGUCUGGAGGGCCAGUUACCUGUAACUGUUCUAAAGGAGUGGCUUGAGGCUGGCUGUGGUCCGACUCUCUACACCUGUCUCCAAUGCUUUUACAUGCUUAAGGGGGAGUGAUCAACUUUAUACUUCUGGGUGAAGGGUAGAGAAAUGGAACUCAACCGCUUGUCCUUGAAAUCAUGAAUUGCGUCAUAAAAUGAGAUCCUGUCUAGAAAACUUUUUUUGGGGGUUGCUUACAAGAGAUCUCCAAACAUAGUUUGGUAACCACUGUUUUAAGGUCUCUGAUUUAACUAUUUUAGCUUGAAUAUGGAUUUGAGGUAUUUUACAUUAUGAUCCUUUAUUUAUCGGCUUCCAUCUUGUUCUCCCAUCAGUUCAUCCUGAGUGUGCGGCUGGACUAUAGGAUCACCUACCUGCUAUCCAUUUAUAAAAAAGAAUUUGGGGACAGGAAUCUACCGGACAGCUCUAUGUCGGUGUCUGAAUUCCCCUCCAUGUCAGGUAAAGCUCUACCAUCACAUAGGGACAUCUUAGCCUGGUCUCAGAUCUGUUGUACUGUCUUGCCAACUCUUAUGGUUGCAAUGGGACCAGGCUAGGAUAAUCUAGAGUGUGUCAGUCGAUGCCUAAGGGGAAUCCUGCUGGUUUGUUGAUUACUAUUGUAAUCAGUUGUUUGAGGUGACAGCACUAAUUACUUUCUGUAAUUGAACUUGGCUUAAUUGUACUCUCUAAUUGGUUUCAGUGAUUCACAUUAUUUUGUUCAAUUUCAGAUCCAGACAUAGAUGAGAUUGCAGCCAAAGCAGAGACCAUGUUUGCUGGAAGGUAAGUAAACUGUGUGUAUGUGUGUUGUGUUUAUGUAUGCAUGUAUGUGUGUGACAAAUGGGGCACUGUGGUUUUAGUUCAGAGAAAAGUGCUGUAUGUAUGCCUAUAUGUCUGUGUGCCAUAGGGAUGAGCACGGUUAAUCGGAUAUCCGAACGGACGUUAUUAUUCGAUUACUUGCGAGAUUAUUCAUAAAAAAUAUGUAAAUAAUUAUAGGCCUAUUUUAACAAUGAAAAGGAUUUGUCUGAAUUAAAUAAAGUGAUACAUGUGACAUUGCUACAUACAAGUAUAUACCAUGACAAUUGACAUUCUUAAUUUAAUAAAACCACAAACUCUUGGGCCUCCCGAGUGGCGCAGCGGUCUAAGGCACUGCAUCGCACUGUUGCGACAUCACUACAGCCUGGGGUUCGUCCCAGAGUUACUUCUGCUGCAGAGGAUAAGUUCAUUAGAGUUACCAGCCUCAGAAAUUGCUGCCCAAAUAAAUGCUUCACAGAGUAACAGACACAUCUCAACAUCAACUGUUCAGAGGAGACUGUGUGAAUCAGGCCUUCAUGGUCGAAUUGCUGCAAAGAAACAACUACUAAAGGACACCAAUAAGAAGAAGAGACUUGUUUGGGCCAAGAAACAUGAGCAAUGGACAUUAGACCGGCGGAAAUUUGUCAUUUGGCCUGGAGUCCAAAUUGGCGAUGUUUGGUUCCAACCGCCAUGUCUUUGUGAGAUGUUGUGUGGGUGAACGGAUUAUCUCUGCAUGUGUAUUUCCCAACGUAAAGAACGGAGGAGGAGGUGUUAUGGUGUGGGGGUGCUUUGCUGGUGACGCUGUCUGUGAUUUAUUUAGAAUUCAAGGCACACUUAACCAGCAUGGCUACCACAGCAUUCUGCAGCGAAAUGCCAUCCCAUCUGGUUUGGGCUUAGUGGGACUAUCACUUGUUUUUCAACAGGACAAUGACCCAACACACCUCCAGGCUGUGUAAGGGCUAUUUUACCAAGAAGGGGAGUGAUGGAGUGUUGCAUCAGAUGACCUGGCCUCCACAAUCCCCUGACCUCAACCCAAUUGAGAUGGUUUGGGAUGAGUUGGACGGCAGAGUGAAGGAAAAGCAGCCAACAAGUGCUCAAAUAUAAAAUAUAUUUUCAUUUGUUUAACACUUUUUUGGUUACUACAUGAUUCCAUAUGUGUUAUUUCAUAGUUUUGUUGUCUUUAGUAUUAUUCUACAAUGUAGAAAAUAGUAAAAAUGUUUUAUGUUGACUAUGACAUGCUGUGGUUUUUGAGUGUCUUAUUUACUAUUGGUACACAUAUUUCAUUAUAGUGAUGUGUGUGUGUAUAUAUAUAUAUAUAUAUAAGUAUUGAUGCAGGGCUCAUUAAAUAAAAUAAGUAAUAGGAAACUUGAGUUAUUACAGAUUUUUGUAAAAAUCUUCAAUAGUGCCAAUGACUCAGAUGACCUUUGGGAACCAUCACAUUCCCCCACUCAUUCAAAUGCAGAAACUGGUUCAUCCAGUCUGACCCCUGCUGCUGUCUCUGGCUCCACACCCACCCCCCACCCGGCCAUCUAGAGGAGUGAAGAGGCCAGCCCAGAAGCGGAGGAGGGUCAGUGCACCAGCGGCAACUACCACAGAGGUAGAGGACCAUUGGCACACUGUGCGAGAGGAUGAUGUCGAGCCACUUCCACCAACAUUUUGACCUAAGAGGCAGCAGGACCUCAGCUGGACAUGACUGGAAUGUACAGCUCCCUUCAUCUUUUCCAGAUGUUAUUCUUCUUGUCAGUUCUUGGUUCGCUGGUGUCUAACACCAACAAGUAUGGGGCUAAGAAGCAAGCAGGAAAGAAAGAGGCAAGCCCAUUUCCAUCUAAGACCUAUGCUGUUACAUCUCACUGGUCAUUUACAUGGGGCUUGUGAAGUUGAAAAACCUGAAGGACUACUGGAGAAGAUCAACACUAUACCAACUGCCUUUCCCCACCACUGUCAUGUCUUCUAACAGGUUUCUGACUAUCUCGUGGGCGCUUCAUAUCAGUGACCCACAAGCUGAUGACCACAAUGAGAAGAAGAGAGGCACAGCAAACUUUGAUAGGCUCUGCAAAAUCAAACCUCUCUACUCCAGCAUGGUUAAAGGCCUGCAAUACCCAUUUUCAGCCCGCCCAGAACCUGUCCAUAGAUGAGAGGAUGGUAGCCUCAAAGGCUAGAAUUGGCCUCAAACAAUAUAUGCGUGACAAGCCAACAAAAUGGGGUUACAAACGGUUUGAUUUGUUUACUAGGGGAAAUCCAUCUCAGCCACCGGUAAGGGACUUAGUUAUGAUUCCGUUAUGGAAUUAUUGGAUUUUGCACUGCUGAGGACAGGCUACAAACUGUUUGUGGACAACUUUUACACAAGCCCUACCCUGUUUACAGACCUGAGGAAGCUGAAUGUAUGGUCUUGCGGCACCAUUCUUCCCAACAGAGUGGGUUUUUCCAAAACAAAAGUAUACAACAUGCCUAAGAGGGCUGAGUGGGGUACUUUGUAAAGUGGAUGGAUACCAGAGAGGUAUCCACAAAUCGUACAGGCGAUCACGUCAGCAGGCGUGUGAAGGACGGUAAUGGGGCAUGGACAUUGAUAGGCUACUACAAUGUUCUCCACAAGACAAUGAAAUGGUACAAGACAUUGUUCUAUCACUUCAUCGACAUUGCUGUGGUGAAUGCAUUCAUCCUCCAGAAGGAAAUGGCUAAGAGCUGUGGACAGACACAGCUCCCCAUGACACAGCUAGCCUUCAUAGAGCUGCUCAUCCAGGAGCUUGCUGACUACGGCACAAAGUCCACUGCAGCACCUUCUGUCCCCUCUACCUCUGUCCCCUCUACUCCUGCCACCAGUGGUGUUCACCUGCCAAAAUACAUAACUGCAGACAUCAAUGUGCCUCAGGGCAAAAAGAGCCCAGCAGGGAGGCGUCGUUGUACUCUGUGUCACAAGAAAUCUCCCAUCACCUGCACUACUUGUUCUGUUACCGUCUGCUUCACAGCAGAACGAGACUGCUAUGGGACUUGGCAUCAGCAGCACAAUUGUGUAGAGGACUGUGGGUGUUCUAAAUACUGUAAUUGUAAAUAGUUUUUUUUCACUUUGUUUGUGGUGUGUUCACUUAUGACAUUAGAUCAGUGUUGGCUGCUAACUUGGCCCUUAUCUUAAAUGGUUCACUUCUGUGUUGGGAGGCAUUGGAUCAGCAUUCUCGUCGCGUCUCCUGUUAGUACCUUUUAUGUAGGGAAGCUAAUGAUCCAUCAUGUAUGACAUUCCUGGGAGUGUGUAAACUUGUAUUCUUUAUUACCAUAGCAAUUAAGUAUGUUCUCUAUAGUUAUGUAUCAAUUGACCAAUUCGGCCACUUGGAGGGCACUUGGGUACAUUUUGGCAAACUCGUGAGGGACACCUAGGAGUCUUCAUACUAAAUAUUAUGUAGCGCUCUCUUUCUUGAAGGUAUCAGUCUGAAACGUUGCACAUACACUGUUGCCGUCUUGUGGACAACAUCUAAAUUACCCCCAGCUUCCUAUCUCAAUAUAUGGCUUUUAUUUUUCAUUUCAAAUAUGAUGCAACAAAAAUAAAAUAUAAAAUGUUUUUUUAUUUGUUUAUCUUUUACCAGAUCUAUUGUGUUAUGUUCGCCUACAUUAAUUUCACAUUUCCACAACCUUCAAAGUGUUUCCUUUCAAAUAGUAUCAAGAAUAUACAUAUCCUUUCUUCAGGUCUUGAGCUAAAGGCAGGUAGAUUUGGGUAUGUCAUUUUAGGCGGAAAUUGAGAUGAAGGGUCUGAUCCUUAAGAGGAUAACAAAGCAAUCACUCCAUCAGUGGUUUUAAAUGGACACGUAAAAUUAGAUUUUUGAUUUGACAAUAACUCAGGCAUGUUUUUGACCAAUCCCUUAGCUUUUAUCAAACUAAGUUAAGACAUGUACCAUGGGCCUACAUUCCAAAUAAAUGUGGUGUAAUUUGGUCCUAUAGUUCAUGAGAAGAUUUUAAAAGUAUUUUUAGCUCAUUAGCGUAUGUGCAAAUAUGCAUCUAAAAUUUUAUUUGCCACAUGCGCCAAAUACAACAGGUGUAGACAUUACCGUGAAAUGCUUACUUACAGCCCUUAACCAACAAUGCAUUUAUUUUUUAAAUAGAAAAGUAAAAUAAAACAACAACAACAAAAAAGUGUUGAGAAAAAAAGAGCAGAAGUAAAAUAAAAUAACAGUAGGGAGGCUAUAUACAGGGGGGUACCGUUGUAGAGUCAAUGUGUGGGGGCACCGGCUAGUUGAGGUAGUUGUAAUAUGUACAUGUGGGUAGAGUUAAAGUGACUAUGCAUAAAUAAUUAACAGAGUAGCAGCAGCGUAAAAAGAUGGGGUGGGGGUGGGGGGGGCAGUGCAAUUAGUCCGGGUAGUCAUGAUUAGCUGUUCAGGAGUCUUAUGACUUGGGGGUAGAAGCUGUUGAGAAGCCUUUUGGACCUAGACUUGGCACUCCAGUACCGCUUACAGUGCGGUAGCAGAGAGAACAGUCUAUGAAUAGGGUGGCUGGAGUCUUUGACAAUUUUGAGGGCCUUCCUCUGACCAAAUUUUCUCAAAGACCAAAUUUGGAGUGAAUCUGACUUAGUCCUUGAAGAUUUUUAUGAUUAUUUUAAUGGUCCAAUGUAGCAGUGUUUAUCUCAAUAUCAAAUCAUUUUUGGGUAACAAUUAAGUAACUUACUGUUUUUGUUUUUAAAUUAAAAUGUUAAAAAAUAAACUAAAUUAGCUUCUUAGUAAAGCGCAAUUUCUCAAACAAUAAUUUUGUAAGGACCGUCUGGGAGUGGUCUGAGUGGGGGAGGGGAAUACUGAAAACUAGCUGUUAUUGGCAGAGAGGUUUGGAACUCUCUCUCUUAUUAGUGAUGUCACCAGGCAGGCCAAAACUCCAUCCCACCAAAACAGGCUGAAAUUUCAGGCAGUCUUUUCAAGUGGCUCUUACACUUAAAGGGCAUUAUCAUAAUUUUAACAAUUUCACAGUAUUAUUCCAACCUCAUAGUGUGGAAAUAUACACUCAGUUGACAGUUUAUUAGGUACACUCAUCUAGUACUGGGUCAGACCCUGCUUUGCCUCCAGAACAGCCUUAAUUCUUCGGGGCAUGGGAUUCUACAAGGUAUUGGAAACAUUCCACAGGGAUGUUGGUCCAUGCUGAUGCGAUGGCAUCACGCAGUUGCUGCAGAUUGGACGGCGGUACAUUCAUGCUGCGAACAGCCCGUUCCAUCUCAUCCCAUAGAUGCUCUAUUGGGUUUGGUCAGCAACCAUGUUCAGAUACGCUGUGGCGUUCAAUCGUUGCUCAAUUGGUAUCAAGGGACUUAACAUGUGUCAUGAAAACAUUCCCCACACCAGUACACCACCACCACCAGCCUGUACUGUUGACACCAGGCAGGAUGGGUCCAUGGACUCAUGCUGCUUAUACCAAAUCCUGACUCUGCCAGCAUGACGCAACAGGAACCGGGAUUCGUCGGACCUGGCAAUGUUUUUCCACUCCUCAAUUGUCCAGUGUUGGUGAUCACAUGCCCACUGGAACCGCUUUUUCUUGUUUUUAGCUAAUAGGAGUGGAACCCAGUGUGGUCAUCUGCUGCAAUAGCCCAUCCGUGACAAGGAUUGACGAGUUGUGCUUUCUGAGAUGCCAUUCUGCACACCACUGUUGUACUGUACUAUUUGUCUGUUUGUGGCCCACCUGUUAGCUUGCACGAUUCUUGCCAUUCUCCUUCGACCUCUCAUCAAUUAGCUGUUUUCACCCACAGGACUGCUGCUUACUUGACGUUUUUUGUUUGUCACAGCAUUCUCUGUAAACCUUAGACAUUGUCGUGCGUGAAGCCUAGGAGGACGGCAGUUUCUGAGAUACUGGAACCGGCGCGCCUGGCACUGACGAUCAUACCACGCUCAAAGUCGCUUAGGUCACUUGUUUUGCCCAUUCUAACAUUCAAUCUAAGAGUAAGUGGAUGCCUGUCUGCCUGCUUUAUAUAGCAAGCCACGGCCACGUGACUCACUGCUGUAGGAGUGAUCCAUUUUCGUGAACGGGGUGGUGUACCUAAAUAAACUGGCCACUAAGUGUGUGUAUAUAAAACACAGGAAAAUCACGUUUUUGACUGCACUGGGCCUUUAAGCAUUAGCGUUACAUAGUCAGAAAAGUGAAUUGUUAAUAACUUCCUUAUUUUUUAAGAUAUCAAUGCCAAAUAUAAUGUAUUUGAUGACUCUAAAACAUUUCAAGUUGAUAGGCCAUUGUGGAGUGGAUUUUAAAAGGAUUUAAAUGGACACGUAAAAUAUGAUUUCCUGAUUUAUCAAGAACCUAGCCAUCUCUUAACCAAUUUGGUGUUAUUUGGACUUAUGGUUAAUAAGAAUACGUUUGUCAAAGUUUUUCCAAAAUGUCCAAGAUCUAUCCCAGGGUUCUUCAAUUCCGGUCCUGGAGGGCCGAAACACUUCUGUUUUUUAUUUCUACCUGGUAGUUAAUUGCACUCACCUGGUGUCACAGGUCUGAAAAGGAGAGGAUGAAAAACAGAGGUGUUUCGGCCCUCCAGGACCGGAAUUGAAGAACCCUGAUCUAUCCUGAUGGACCUUAUGGGUCCUUAAGGCAAAUUUGUUCAGCAUGAGGAAAGACGCCUACAUACAACGUUUCAAGUCCCUAGGUCAAACGGGGCGACAGAUAUAAGGGUUUAAGUGAGACUGUUUAUAACAGCGCCACCUAUUGGCCAAUCGGGGCUAUUCUUUUUUUGUCCAAGUUACUCAUGGCAUCUAGUUUCUGCGUGCAAAAUUAGAGAGAAAGUUACCAAUAUUCCCCUGCCCAGCAGCAGCAGUAGCACUGUCUCUAUUGAUUCGUGCAGCAAACAAGUGUUCUUUCUAAUAAAGGUUGUUAUAAAGUUUGACAAAAAAAGUGUUUCAACUAUCCGGAUGUCAUGAUAUUAUUUGAAUAGUGAAAAUAUUUCAAAUGCCCAUCUCUAGUGUGCCAGUGUCUGUCAAAACACUAUGUAUGUCUCCAAUGUCUCUCACUAACCUUGUGUCUGGUGCUUCCAGUUCAGAGUGUAGUGCUGUGGAGCUGGAUGAUGAAGGAGGCAGGACCUUCCUGAGGGUGCUGAUCCACCUCAUCAUGCAGGACUACCCCCCGCUGGUCUCCGGCUCGCUGCAGCUCAUGUUCAAACAUUUCAGCCAGAGAGCAGAGGUCCUACAGGCCUUCAAACAGGUAACAGCACAUUUUGUUUGUGUGUGUGCGUGCGGUUGUGUCUGAUCUGUGUGUUUUUGUCUGUGUGUGUGUGGUUUCAUUGCGUGUGUGUGUGUCUGAUCUCACUGUGUGUGUUUCUGUGGUCCCUUGCAGGUCCAGUUGCUGGUAUCGGAGCAGGAUGUGGAGAACUACAAGCAGAUCAAGACAGACCUGGACCAGCUGAGGCUGACGGUGGAGAAGUCUGAACUGUGGGUGGAGAAGAGUGGAGCCUACGGCAGUGAGGACAUAGGAGACAGCCAGGGCAAGGAGCAAACCAUGGAGGUACACUAUACUACAGUAUAGUAUGCCCCCUACAGGCCACAGUCGCCACACAUCAUAGAGGGCUAAUGGCUGAGGGAGGGCUGAUUCCUAACUCGAUAUCCAAGUAAUUUCUUCAAAUCUAAAUGUAUUUUUGUGUUGUGUGUGAUUGACAGGAGGCUGGAAUCCUGAGCCCAGUACAGGGUGGGGAUGUGAAGCCCCAGAUAGACAGCAACAAAGCCAACAACUACAACAUCGUCAAAGAGGUGGGCUGCUAUUCUGUCUCCUUGUACUGUGUGUGUGUGGUAUAGGGUUGCAAAGUUAUAGGUAAUUUACCUUCUUCUGUAGUUUUGGUAAUUAACAGGUAAUCAAUGGUAACUUUGGUAAUUUAUACUGGAGUAACUUAAUAAAAUUGUAUUCAUAUAUAGAAUAUAAUUUUUAAAUCUGUGUCCAUAUUGACCACGAGUUUCUAGUGGAUAUACCAUAUGGUUCAAGAGAAAAUACCCAAAUGAAUGAAAAAAGCAUCUAAUAAACAAUGGCAUUAUUUUCAAUUAACUCUGCAUCUCUUCUAACCUAUUGACUUUUUUCACAACUGCCACCAGUUUGGUGCCAAAACAUUUACAACAAAGACAUAUUGACAUAGUAAAAUAAUUAGUGUGUAAAACAAAUUAUGUACAGCACAUUUCAUGCUGAAACCCUCAUAAUAAAGCUGCAAUAUGUAACUUUUUGGGCGCCACGACCAAAUUCACAUAGAAAUGUUAGUUAUAGAUCUGUCAUUCUCGUUGAAAGCAAGUCUAAGACGUGGCAGAUCUGUUCUAUGUGCACCAUUUCUAUGCUUCCUGUUCUUAAGUUGAAUUUUUGCGUCUUUUACUUUCUGUUUUGUAUACCAGCUUCAAACAGCAGAACAAUUCUUAUCUUUUUUUCACUAACUCGUGUUGGAAAGUUUCCGGUAAUAUACCCUCACUUUGCAACCCUAGUGUGGUAUAAGCAGCAUUAUCAAUUACAGUCAGUGCAGUCUUUGAAAAUGCACUAUGACGCUGGGAUAAUUGAUUGCCCACUAACAAUUUACAGACCUCACAUCACUGGCCAAUGUGGGCAUGUUUUAUGUGGGCCAACAUGAGCUGGACUUGCCUGACUUGUAACCUGACUUGCCUUUCUUAAUUGCUCCUGAAGGGAUAAAUAAAGUUCCAUUGAAUUGAAUGAGCUCCAGUAACACUAAAUUAUAGCAUCUGAAAAUGCAAGUGUGUUUAGACCUAUUGCUAUGUAGCCAUUAAAUGCAUGUAUUAGUGUCUGAUCUGUGUGUGUGUGUGUGGUCAGUAGAUCCUGCUGCGGCUCAGUAAGCAGUGUUACCCCGGUAAGAAGAGUCGUGUGCAGCAGCAGAGGCUACUGAAGAACAUGGGGGCUCACACUGUGGUGCUGGACCUGCUCCAGAUACCUUAUGAGAAGGUGAGCACAUCAUCACAUUUCUAGAUGUUUUACUCAGAAGUGGAAGUAGGUGUCAAACACACACAUUCACCCAGUCCAAAUGGGCUUAUAAAGUAAGUGCUUCAGGUGAGGCCCCUCAAAGCCUGACAUGAAUGUUGUCAUUAUCAAUAACCAGACUUUACCUGGAUAAAGCUUGACUAGAUAGGUCAGGGCUCUCUAACCCUGUUCCUGGAGAGCUACUGUCCUGUAGGUUUUCACUCCAACCCUGUUCCUAGAGCACUUCCGUCAUGUAGGUUUUAACUCCAACCAUGUUCCAGGAGAGCUACCGUCCUGUAGAUUUAGCUCCAACUCUGUUCCUGGAGAGCUACGGUACUGUAGGUUUUCCGCUCCAACCCUAAUCUAGCGCACCUAAAUCUAAUAAUUAGCUAGUUGAUAUGCUGAAUCUGGUUAGUUACGACUAGGGUUGAAGUGAAAACCUACAGGAGGGUAGCUCUCCAGGAUGGAGAGCCCUGAGAUAGAUAAACACCGCCCUGGUAGGUUUGUUUGACCAUCUUUAUGGAUUGAUUUUGUGGUGACGCAGUUGUACAACUGUGUUGUGACUCAUGCUCUGUCGGUCUGUCUGUCUCUCCCCAGAGUGAUAAGAAGAUGAAUGAGAUCAUGACACUGGCCCACGUGUUCCUGCAGAACUUCUGUAAAGGGAACAGCCAGAACCAGGUUCUGCUCCACAAACACCUCAACCUGUUCCUCACACCAGGGGUAUGCUCACAUAAACACACACACACACACACACACACACACACACAAGCAUGCACAUGACGCAUACAUGCAUUCACGGCACACUACGCACACGCAUACACACAAACACACAAUGUAUGCAUGCGUGUAUGUUUGCCCACGCACAUACACGGGACACAAACACGCAGCAGCACACACGUUUGUCCACAUGUUUAACAAUUAUUCAACAAAAUAAAUGCAUUUUAUUACAAGAUAUCCAUAUGUCAAUAAAUGUGAAAUCACUGUACACAUCUUUUCCCGCUAUCCAGCUCCUGGAGGCCGAGACCAUGCGCUACAUCUUCAUGAACAACUUCUACCUGUGCAACGAUAUCAGUGACCGUGUGGUCCACCAUUUUGUUCACUGCAUCGAGACGCACGGCCGACACGUCCAGUACCUCAAGUUCCUCCAGACCAUCGUCAAGGCCGACGGGAAGUAUGUCAAGAAGUGCCAGGACAAGGUCAUGACCGAGGUGAGAGAAGGAUGAUGCUGUCUUUGGAUGGCUGUGGAGACAACACAAUAGCAUGGUUUUCACUACCACUAUCUCUAGACUAGACAGGGCUUACUAGUGCUAGAGAUGUUUCAAACCGAGAGACUUAAAAUGUGACUACAAAAAAUAAUAUAAAGGGCAAGUAAUGUUAUUUUAUAGAGUAAUCAAGUUUCAUAGCUGAUCUGUCCUUGCCUGAAGACUCAAACUGAAUUCUUCCGCUGCUCUAUGUUCGCUAUAUACUUCAGUCUGAGACUGCCAUCGUUGAAGACGGUGUUGUGGUGAGGUCUGCAGUUAAUCUCUAACCAAUCAGAGUAUCAAAGCCAAUAACGAAUUUUCAAACGUCGCUUUACCCACAUGUGUUCUGGCUCUGGCCCAACCCCUCGGUUUCUGGGACAAAUCAGACGGUCUAGAAUGGAUUUCCAUUCUAGAAAUCGUCGGGGAGGUACUCUGAUCGACUCAUUGUGGAGAAGAAACUAAUGUUCGUAGGCGUGGCGUAGCGUUUGACCGAAGCAAGGAGUUUGGGUAGCCAGGCAAGAUCUAUCCCUUCCCAAAUAAAAAUAAAUAAAAUGUGACUACUUUCUGAAAAUACCUUGUGGAUGAAUUUGCCUCCCAUUGACAGUGGUCGGAAUCUUGGUUGAGGGCGUUACAGGAAGUCAUCGCAUUUUACAUCUCAGUUUAGGUUAAGAGGAAGAGUAAACCAAUAUCACGGUUUACUCCCAGUACAUCACUGGGGCCAAUAUUCCUGCCAUCCAGGACCUAUAUACUAGGCGGUGUCAGAGACUCCAGUCACCCAAGUCAUAGACUGUUCUCUCUGCUACCGCACGGCAAGCGGUACGGGAGCACCAUGUCUUGGUCCAAAAGGCUCCUUAACAGCUUCUACCCCCAAGCCAUAAGACUGCUGAACAAUUCAUAAAAUGGCCACCCGGACUAUUUGUCUUUGUGUUGGUCCGAUGUUUCAUGAGCUGAAAUAAAAGAUCCCAGAAAUGUUCCCAUUGUGGCGGUGGAGUUACGGUAUGGGAAGACAUAAGCUACGGACAACGAACACAAUUGCAUUUUAUCGAUGGCAAUUUGAAUGCACAGAGAUGCCGUGACGAGAUCCUGAUGCCAAUUGUUGUGCCAUUUAUCCACUGCCAUCACCUCAUGUUUCAGCAUGCUAAUGCACGGCCCCAUGUCGCAAGGAUCUGUUCACAAUUCCUGGAAGCUGAAAAUGUCCCAGUUCUUCAAUGGCAUGCGUACUCACCAGACAUGUCACUCAUUGAGCAUGUUUGGGAUGCUCUGGAUCGACGUGUACGACAGUGUGUUCCAGUUCCCGCUAAUAUCCAGCAACUUCGCACAGCCAUUGAAGAGGAUUGUGAGAACAUUCCACAGGCCACAAUCAACAGCCUGAUCAACUCUAUUCGAAGGAGAUGUGUCUCGCUGCAUUAGGCAAAUGGUGGUCACCAGAUACAGACUGGUUUUCUGAUCCACGCCCCUAGCUUUAUUUUUUCAUCUGUGUUGUGACCAACAGUUGUACUGUACUGUAAAUCUGUAUUCCCAGUCAUGUGAAAUCCAUAGAUUAGGGCCUAAUUAAUUUAUUUCAAUUGACUGAUUUCCUUCUAUGAACUGUAACUCAGUAAAAUCUUUGUAUAUUUGUUACGAACCCCGUGGCUUUAAACGUCUAGGGUGGAUGGAGAAGAGACCCGUAACAUAAUUCAUGCAAAUUAGAAUCGUGACAUGGAACAGUGAGAACAAAAACUACACGACAACCAUAAACUACCGUCAAACAUAAAAUGUUUAUUUUUGAACACACGGUAAAGGUUUGGGAAAAAGGGCUGAACAGGACCCAAGAAAUGAAACAAUAGUGUAAAACCCUCCCAAACUGAUCUUGCCUGCCUCAAGAACCGCUAAGCUACUGCUAAUCAUACAAAAAUACAGUGGGUGGUCCACUCAGGUCUAAAUAGUGUUUUUAGACAGUUUUCUUCCUACGGGUAAUGUACGCCCAAGGGCAACUUGCUUAAAUUCCCCUUUUCCCAGAAACACACAACAAAGUUACCAAACAGAGUAACCAGCAAAUUAGUGAGUACACAAAACACCACAGUAUCCAUACUCACAUACGGAAAAUAGUCUCUAACAAAGUUACCAAACAGAGUAACCAGCAACUUAGUGAGUACACAAAACACCACAGUAUCCAUACUCACAUACGGAAAUAGUCUCACAAAGUUACCAAACAGAGUAACCAGCAAAUGAGUGAGUACACAGGACACCACAGUAUCCAUACUCACAAACGGAAUAUAGUCUAACAAAGUUACCAAACAGAGUAACCAGCAACUUAGUGAGUACACAGGACACCACAGUAUCCAUACUCACAUACGGAAAUAGUCUCUAACAACAAACACAACUGACCGGCUUUUAAACAAUGGGAUGUGUGAUUGAAAAACCAGAAACAGGUGGUGCAGUGCAGAGGAAUGUCCACUGAUUGGUCCACCUCAGCAAUCAGCAGACACCCCAACGACCACCAAUCAGGAACAUACAGGACACCUGUGAUUAGGGCAAAAGGAGAGGAAAAACACAAAAAGACACAGGAUACCUGUAUCCGUAACAAUAUUGAUAUCAAUUGCUAUUGCUGUUUCGAUUAGUUCUAACUGUACUUUUUCAAUGUAGAGCCCCCAGUCCUGCUCAACCUGUCUCAGAUAGAUCCUUUGUCCCACCCCCCACACACGCGGAGACCGGCUCAAUCGGUGCCUCCAGUGAUGCUAUUUCUUUCAUCUUUACCCAACGCUUAGGUUUACCUCCACUGUACUCAUAUCCUUCCAUAUCCUUGUCUGUACAUAAUGCCCUGAAUCUAUUCUACAACGCCCGGAAAUCGGCCCCUUGUUUUCUCUGUACCCAACGCACUAGAAGACCAGUUCUUAAAUCCUUUAGCCGUAUCCUUAUUCUACUCCUCCUCAGUUCCUCUGGUGAUGUAGAGGUUAACCCAGGCCCUGUAGCCCCCAGUAUCACUCCUGCUCCCCAUGCACUAUCAUUUGUUGACUUCUGUAAUCGCAAAAGUCUUGGUUUCUUGCAUGUUAACAUCAAAAGCAUCCUCCCUAAGUUUGAGUUACUCACUGCGUUAGCACACUCAGCCAACACUGAUGUUCUAGCAGUGUCUGAAUCCUGGCUUAGGAAGGCCACCAAAGAUCCUGAAAUGUCCAUUCCCAACUACAACAUUUUCCAUCUAGAUAGAACUGCCAAAGGGGGCGGAGUUGCAAUCUACUGUAGAGAGAGCCUGCAGAGCUCUAUCAUACUAUCCAGGUCUGUGCCCAAACAGUUUGAGCUUCUACUUCUAAAAAUGCACCUUUUCAGAAAUAAGUCUCUCACUGUUGCCGCUUGCUACAGACCCCCCUCAGCCCCCAGCUGUACCCUGAACACCAUAUGUGAAUUGAUUGACCCCAUCUAUCCUCAGAGAUCGUAUUGCUUGGUGACCUAAACUGGGAUAUGCUUAACACCCCGGCCGUCCUACAAUCUAAACUAGAUGCCCUCAAUCUCACACAAAUUAUCAAGGAACCUACCAGGUAUAACCCUAAAUCCGUAAACAUGGGCACCCUCAUAGAUAUCAUCCUGACUAAUUUACCCUCUAAAUAUACCUCCACUGUCUUCAACCAGGAUCUCAGCGAUCACUGCCUCAUUGCCUGCGUCCGUAAUGGGUCCGCGGUCAAACGACCACCCCUCAUCACUGUGAAACAGGCCUUUCUAAUUAACCUGGCCCGGGUAUCCUGGAUGGAUAUUGACCUCAUUCCGUCAGUAGAGGAUGCCUGGUUGUUCUUUAAAAGUGCUUUCCUCAUCUUAAAUAAGCAUGCCCCAUUCAAAACAUUCUGAACUAAGAACAGAUAUAGCCCCUGGUUCACCCCAGACUUGACUGCCCUUGACCAGCACAAAAACAUCCUAUGGCAUACGACAUUAGCAUCAAACAGCCCCCGCGAUAUGCAACUUUUCAGGGAAGUCAGGAACCAACACAAUCAGUUAGGAAAGCAAAGGCUAACUUUUUCAAACAGAAAUUUGCAUCCUGUAGCACUAACUACAAAACGUUUUGGGACACUGUAAAGUCCAUUGAGAAGAAGAGCACCUCCUCCCAGCUGCGCACUGCACUGAGGCUAGGAAACACUGUCACUACCGAUAAAUCUACGAUAAUCGAACUUUUCAACAAGCAUUUUGCUACGGCUGGUCAUGCUUUCCACCUGGCUACCCCUACCCCGACCACCAGCUAUGCACCCUCCGCUUCACCCAAAUUCAGAUAGCUGAUGUUCUGAAAGAGCUGCAAAAUCUGGACCCCUACAAAUCAGCUGGGCUAGACAAUCUGGACCCCAUACAAAUCAGCUGGGCUAGACAAUCUGGACCCUUUCUUUCUAAAAUUAGCCGCCGAAAUUGUCGCAACCCCUAUCACCAGCCUGUUCAACCUCUUUCGUAUCGUCUGAGAUCCCCAGAGAUUGGAAAGCUGCCGCGGUCAUCCCCCUCUUCAAAGGGGGUGACACUCUAGAUCCAAACUGUUACAGACCUAUAUCCAUCCUGCCUUGCCUUUCGAAAGUAUUUGAAAGCCAAGUUAACAAACAGAUCACCAUCCAUUUAGAAUCCCACCGUACCUUCUCCGCUAUGCAAUCUUGUUUCCGAGCUGGUCAUGGGUGUACCUCAGCCACGCUCAAGGUCCUAAACGAUAUAAUAACCGCGAUUGAUAAAAGACAGUACUGUGCAGCCGUCUUCAUUGACCUGGCCAAGGCUUUUGACUCUGUCAAUCACCUUAUUCUUAUUGGCAGACUAAAUAGCCUUGGUUUCUCAAAUGACUGCCUUGCCUGGUUCACCAACUACUUCUCAGAUAGAGUUCAAUGUGUCAAAUCGGAGGGCCUGUUGUCUGGACCUCUGGCAGUCUCUAUGGGGGUGCCACAGGGUUCAAUUCUCGGGCCGACUCUAUUCUCUGUGUAUAUCAAUGAUGUCGCUCUUGCUGCUGGUGACUCUCAGAUCCACCUCUAUGCAGACAACACCAUUUUGUAUACAUCUGGCCCUUCAUUGGACACUGUGUUAACAAACCUCCAAACGAGCUUCAAUGCCAUACAACACUCCUUCCGUGGCCUCCAACUGCUCUUAAACAGUAGUAAAACUAAAUGCAUGCUCUUCAAUCGAACGCUGCUUGCACCCGCCUGCCCGACUAGAAUCACUACUCUCGGCGGCUCUGACUUAGAAUAUGUGGACAACUACAAAUACCUAGGUGUCUGGUUAGACUGUAAACUCUCCUUCCAGACUCGCAUCUCCAAUCCAAAGUUAAAUCUAGAAUCGGAUUCCUAUUUCGCAACAAAGCCACCUUCACUCAUGCUACUAAACAUGCCCUCGUAAAACUGACUAUCCUACCGAUCCUUGACUUCGGCGAUGUCAUUUACAAAAUAGCUUCCAACACUCUACUCUGCAAAUUGGAUGUAGUCCAUCACAGUGCCAUCCGUUUUGUCACCAAAGCCCCAUAUACUACCCACCAUUGUGACCUGUACGCUCUCGUUGGCUGGCCCUCACUACAUAUUUGUCGCCAAACCCACUGGUUCCAGGUCAUCUAUAAAUCCCUUCUAGGCAAAUCCCUGCCUUAUCUUAGCUCAUUGGUCACCAUAGCAACACCCACCCGUAGUAUGCGUUCCAGCAGGUAUAUCUCACUGGUCAUCCCCAAAGCCAACACCUCCUUUGGUCGCCAUUCCUUCCAGUUCUCUGCUGCAAAUGACGAACUGCAAAAAUCUCUGAAGCUGGAGACACUUAUCUCCCUCACUAACUUUAAGCAUCAGUUGUCAGAGCAGCUUACCGAUCACUGCACCUGUACACAGCCCAUCUGUACCUCAUCCCCAUAUUGUUAUUUACAUUUUUAUUUAUUUUGCUCAUUUGCACCCCAGUAUCUCUAUUUGCACAUCAUCUUCUGCACAUCCAUCACUCCAGUGUUAAUACUAAAUUAUAAUUGUAAUUAUUUUGCACUAUGGCCUAUUUAUUGCCUUACCUCCAUAACUUACUACAUUUGCACACACUGUAUAUAGAUUUUCUAUUGUGUUAUUGACUGUACGUUUUGUUUAUUCCAUAUGUAACUCUGUGUUGUUGUUGUUUUUAUCGCACUGCUUUGAUUUAUCUUGGCCAGGUCGCAGUUGUAAAUGAGAACUUGUUCUCAACUGGCUUACCUGGUUAAAUAAAGGUGAAAUAAAAAAAUCAAAUCAAAUAGAAUGAUCAAUAUUGGUGCCCCCCACAAGUAAUAAGGUAUUCCCUCUCUAACCUCCACUCGUCUGUCUGUCUCCCUUUCUGUCCACCCCACCCCCAGCUGGUGAACGGUGGCGAGGACGUGCUGGUGUUCUACAAUGACCGCUCCUCCUUCCCAGUGCUGUUCCAGAUGAUGUGCUGCGAGCGGGAGCGUGGGGACGAGGGCGGAGCCUUGGCCUACCACAACACCCUGGUAGAGCUCCUCGCCGCCUGCACCGAGGGCAAAAACGUUUACACCGAGCUGAAAUGUAACUCCCUGCUGCCCCUGGAUGACAUCGUCAAGGUGGUCACCCACGAUGACUGCAUCGCUGAGGUACGGGGGAGGGGAUGGGGUCAUGUUGAGAGGCUGCGUGUCAGUGGGUGCUGGGGUUUGUUUCAGUAGUCUUUGAUUUCAUAUCCUUGUAUUCAACUUCCUCUGUACUGAUCUGAGGAUACAGAGUAAAGCAGGAGAGUAUUCCAUUAUAGACAAUUGACAUGCACCUAUUUUGUUUGCAUACAGUGAGUGGUCAGAUGUUUGCUUAACAAUUGUAAUUCCAGAACAGCCAGCCUUGAUAUAGCCUAGCAUUCAUUCACCUCAGUGUAAUUGCUCACACCUGUGACAUCUGGAUGCAUGGUUUCUAUUGGCCCUCCCUCCCCAGGUGAAGACGGCCUACGUGAACUUUGUGAACCACUGCUACGUGGACACGGAGGUGGAGAUGAAGGAGAUCUACACCAGCCACCACAUCUGGAAGCUCUUUGAGAACUUCCUGGUGGACAUGGCACGGGUAAUGUCCUCACUAAGGUCCUCCUCACAGGAAUGUGUCGCAAUAGUCCAAAACAGGUUCCCUUUUCUCUGUUUCCUUGUGUCCUCUCCCUCAUCUGCACUGAUCUAAACACAAAAUAUAAGUGAAACAACAUGGUGGGUCCUUUCAAUGAAUGGGCUUUUCCCCAGUCCAGUUAAUUGUAGAAUAAAAGUCAUUUUGACUAUUGAGAUAUACCCCAGGUAAGUCUCUCCCCCCUCACUCCUGAGUGACAGACUUCACAUCCCCCUCUCCUCCUCUGUUUUUAGGUGUGCAACAGCACCACGGACCGUAACCAUGCCGACGUUCCCCUGGAAAGGUAUGUGACUGAGACUGUGGUGGCCAUCGUGAAGGGCUUCUUCAGCUCCCAGUUCCCUGUCAACAACUCCAACCUGCAGGUACGGCUGGGAGAGAGGUUAACCUUGUACAUGGGCAUUUAAAUACCUUCCCCAGGUCACUUCCAAAUGUUGGACUUAGAGUAGAGGACAGUGGACCAGAGUUGGGGUCAAUUCCAUUUCAAUUCAGUCAGUUCAGGUACUUCAGGCAAAUGCUUAUCCAUCUUGUGGUUGGCACAACAUUUUGAGUGUUAUUGAAGUUUAUCCUCUCCUAUCAUCCCUCUCUCCUUCCUCUCUCCUAUGUCAGACCCACCAGCCCAUCUUCAUCCAGCUGCUCCAGUCUUCCUUCAGGAUCUAUAACUGCACCUGGAUCAGCUCGGCCCAGAAGAACAACAUCGAGGGCUGCAUCAAAACACUGGCUGACGUGGGUGAGUCUCACAGCCAAAUAAUUGCACUUUGACAGGCCUUGACCAAGGUUGGUAAACUGGAAAGGCUGGUGAUUGUUAUGACAGGUAGACAUUGCAAGUCUUUUGAGUCUCAUCCAAUAAACCCUGUUAGUCUGCCACCACUGUAUGCAGACAAUAUUUGCAGAAAGUAGUUCUCUGUUGGUUGAUUGGGUGUCAUGUCAGCUUAUGUGAAUGUCUGUGUCUGGAAUAUAUCUGGGCCAGUAUUCAUAAAGUGUCUCAGAGUAUUCAAUAUGAUCUACAAGGCUAAACUGAUCCUAUAUCAGCACUCCUACUUUGAGGCUCCCUCAGUUCCUAGUUAUAAAGUAGGGGUGUAGUAGUCGGACAAAACUAGUAUCGUUAUGGAUAUGGGUAAUUUUCUUGAUACAAUUAUGAUCCGAGUAUAUUUUGAAAUGAUGCGUGAUUGGAAAAAAAAGUUAUUUUCGGGUGCCAGCAAGCAUCUUUCUCAUGUCAGUCAGUCACAAAGUUUCUAAACAAAGUUUUCUGUACUGUCUGUGAGUCAGUAAUGUUUGUGGUCUAAAUAACUCAACUUGCUAGUUUGCCUGUCUGUAAAGAGAAGGCCGGGAUGUACAUUGAUCCUGCUGCUCUGAUUGGAUAGAGUGAUAAAUCACAUGGUGAGGACGUUUCCUAUCAAGCAUCAAUGUGCCUAACAAGUGGGGCAAGGUUAGGGAAAGUAAUAUGAAAAGCUAAUGCGCAUUCUGACUGAGUGACAGCAAACUUUGCUACCCGCUGCAAGUUGAGGACACACCCACUUCUCCGCAUGCUGCUCCUAAUCUGCAGCAUUUUUGCAGUGAGAACGUGCAGGGAGGUAUUUUGCCAACAUCUAUUUAGGCAUAUUAAAACACUUCCGUUUUUUCUGAUCACGAGUAUCAUCCGAUCGAACUAUCAACUGUCAACUUACGGAUACAACUACUAAUACGAGUAUGGCCAUGUAUAAAGUCUCCCUCGUCUUCUCUCCAGCCAAGGCGCGUGCCAUAGCCAUCCCAGUGGAUCUGGACAGCCAGGUGAACACUCUGUCUCUGAAGGCACACACCAACGUGGUGCAUCGUGCCGCCAAGGACUGGAGGAUCUCAGCACGCACCCGGCCCCGAAAGGAGACCCUAGGAGGGCCCGACUACAAGAGCAUCAUCGAGAAGCUGCAGGUGAUGACACACACAAAUAUGCAUACACACACGUGCACACACACACACUAUACUGCAGAGAGUAUUAUAUUGUCUAAAUUGUGUUGUGUCCAGGGUGUAGUGGCGUGUCUAGAGGAGCAGUUCAGUCCUAAGGUGCAGGCUGAGUUCUCUGUGUUGGUGGAUGUACUACACAGCCCUGAGCUGCUGUUCCCAGAGGCUGCCAGACUGCGCUGUGAGAGUGGAGCCUUCAUGUCCAAGUGAGUGUGGCAGAGGCACAGAUGCAGUCACAGACACUGAUCACAGAUACACUAUCUAUGGGCUGCAUUUACAGAGCAUUUAGACCAGUGCAAAGUUUGCAUUUGACCUACCAUUGUUCUGGUUUGUGUUUUACUUUAGACUAUCUAACUGUGACUUCUCCAAAAUGUUUCCGAAAAGAAAUGUUCUAAUUUAUUAUUUUGUGUUAUUCAGGAUCUUCAAGUCAUAGGUCACACAGGUCUGUUGGUGUGUUUAGAUGACUUGAAGCCAUGAUACUGAUCUUCCGCCUGUACCUCUCCCCUUGUCAUUCAGACUGAUCAAACACACCAAGAAGCUGAUGGACAAAGAGGAAAAACUGUGCAUUAAGAUCCUGCAGACACUCAGAGAGAUGCUGGACAAGAAGGAGGCCUUUGAUGAGCCUGUGAGUACUGAACCAGACAUGGUUAGACAAGAGUUUGUUAUAUACAGGGUCUUUUUGAUA